AACAAAUAUACAUUAAUUAUGAACUAUAGCUCUUAAAACAAAUAUGAUAGAACAGAUUCAAAAACAUUAAGAUAUACAACUAAUUAGAAGAAACUAGAAACUCAGACAUCCUUCAACAAAUCUCCAUAAAAGGAAAAACGAAAGUUUAAUGAUGAGUAUGAAGGAACAAUAAACAGUAAUUAUCAAACUAGAUACAACUUCUUUGUUCAUAGGGCACGUAUACCUCCUUAACCUAUGUUUAAAACAACUGUUUAAAAGUAUGGAGUUAUUAAACAUGUUCUAAGAAGUACAGAAAGAAUACAUUCAGAAUCCCAAAAACAUCAUCAAAAUUUAACAAAAUAAAGAUCUGAACGAGAUUUAUUUGUCAAUAAAUUGAUUUCUGCUUCGACGAAGCGAACAUAUAAAAAAAUUAAAUAGGAAUAUUUGAUUUCAAACGAAAAAAGCGAUUUAAUUUCAAGAGGAGAAAUCACUUAUCUUUAAAAUAGUGAAAUUGAUUCAAAACCCUUUCUUGGUGAUAACUUACUCUAAAUUAGUCAUUUUGAAAAUAAAUUGAUAGGCAAAAAUAAAUAUUAAAUAAUCUCUUAUGCAAAGAAAGAAGAAAGGAAAAAUAUAUUGAAUUAAACAGAAAAUGAUAUUAUUGAUGAUGAUGCAUCUGAAACAAAUUUUUUAGUUUUUAAAUCUAAGAAAAAAUUUUGA